AUGAGGGAAAUACACCACAUUAUCUGUAUCGUUUUCAAUCGCAAGGACCCUGAAUCCUGCAAGAAAGCGCACUGGCUCAUCAAGACGCUCAUUGACGACUGCGCCAAGCAUGGAUGGGGCGAGUGCAGGACGCAUCUAGCGGUCAUGGACCAGAUCGCAGGAACCUACAACUGGAACAAUAACAUCCAGAUGCGGUUCAAUGAGACGAUAAAGAAUUAUCUUGGCCCGAAGGGUAUUAUCGCUCCGGGGAAGAAUGGUAUUUGGCCGGAGACGUACGACAAGAAGAUCUACAAGCUGUAG